AUGGUAAGCUAUCUAUAUCUUGCUAAUCAUGUUUACAGGGAAGAGUAAGAACCAAGACUGUUAAGAGAGCAUCAAAGGCCAUCAUCGAGAGAUACUACGGAAAGUAAUAUAAUUUUUAAGCUAAUUCCACUUAGAUUGACCAAUGAUUUCCACACUAACAAGCGUAUCAUUGAUGACAUUGCCAUCAUCUAAUCCAAGAGACUUAGAAACAAGAUCGCCGGUUUCACCACCCACAUGAUGAAGAGAAUUCAAAAGGGACCAGUAAAGGGUAUCUCACUUAAGCUCCAAGAAGAGGAAAGAGAGAGAAAGAUGGACUUCAUCCCCGAGAGAUCAGAGCUCUAGGUCGAAAACUUGGAAAUCAAGGACAGCGUUGUCAGACAAAUGGUCCAAGAACUCGGUCUUAGAAAACUCCUUCCAGGCAGAAAGCAAAAAGAAUGA